CAGAAAUUCUUCUGGGGCUACUAAUACAGGUUCUCUUUGAUAUCCCGAGUAUCUGUGAGUCUUAUUUCUCAAAGCACCAUUUGCUCGCCGCGAUAGUUUCUGCUGCUCAAAGCCAUGGAAACCAGUCAAAACAAGGCACCUUCGUGCUACAACUUCCUAAAGAAAGGCCUCCUCCUGCCGAGCCGCAACCCGAGGCUAUUCACAGCGGUCUGCGCCCUCUUCCUCGCGUACACCGCGCCGCUCCACCUCGCCAACGACCUCGCCAUCCAGCCCCUCAACGACGCCAUCCAGCUCGACAUCCAGGCGCUCAACACCACCGAGCCCGGGAGCCUGGAGUACUCCCAGCUCGUGCAGGAGAUCAAGAAUGACGCCAAGGAGUUACUGCUCGUCGGCGCGGGGUACCUCCUGUUCGCCGUCGUCGUUGGAUCCGCAGUCCGGAUCAUCGUUCUCUUCGCCGCCGUCUGCACCUACUCCGACGACCAGGGCACCACUACCUUUGGCGCGCUCCUCGGCCAAGCCAAGGCACGGAUCAAGGGCCCCCUGCUCACGCUCGCCUUCGUCUACGUCCUGGAGAUCCUACUCUACGCCCUCCUUCUGGUGGUGACGACAGCAGCUUUUCCCAUCAUGGUUCUCCUAGUGAAGCAACACUCCGUGGCUUUAUUAUUCGUGGCCUUGUUGCCCAUCGUUGCUGCCGCCGUCUGCCUCGUCUACUUCUCUUUCCUCUGCUCUUUCAGCGUCGUCGUCGCGGUGGCCGAGCCCGGCUGCCACGGCGCAGCCGCGUUAAGCCAGGCGUGGAGGCUGGUCAAGGGGACAAGGAGGCAGGUUGUGAUGUACCUGAGCGCUACCAGUGUCCUGGCCAUCGCCGUAUCGCCGGUCCACACGCUUGCAAAUACGUGCGCGGGUAACAGCGUCGCCAUCGGUUUGCUCCUGGAUUUUGCGUACGCGCUUCUGCUGGCACUCGUGCAGCUCUUCGCCCUCUGCGCCAUGACCGCGUUCUACUACGAGCGCAGGGAGAUCAUCCACACCCACCAGCUGGGGGCUACUGGAUACGCAAAGAUACCAUCCACGGAAGAAGCAACCGCAUGAUCCAUCCAUCCGUCGUUUGCUCAACUAUGUUAUCAAACCGGUUGCUUGCCACAGAAAUUUCCACUUGUAAACGUGUAAUACACGUACUAUAUGUUACUAGUACAAUUUACUCCUUUUCAAUAGGCAUGCCACAUGGCAAUGUAUUUUUGUUCACAAUUACACCCCCUCCUACAAAAUAUAAGUUUAUUUAUAAAAAAACAGAAAA